AUGAAUCAAAAUAAUCCAUUAUCUGUUGCACUUGCUGAUAAUUUGACUAAUUAUAAUAUUCAAAAUGAAUCAUUUCGCCUAGGAAAUGUUUCUAUUGAAGGAGAUAAAUAUAUAUGUGUUAAAGAAAAUGUAAAUGACAAUACACAAGUAGUAGUCAUAAAUUUACAUAAUAAAAGUAAUUCUCGUAAAUAUAUGAAAGCCGAAAGCGUUAUUAUCCAUCCAAAUGAUCCAAUACUAGCAUUAAGAGGCACUAUAAAAAAUGUUAAUACUGUUUUUUUACAAGUUUUUAAUAUAGAAACUAAGGAAAAAAUAUGUUCUUUAAAUUUAAAUGAAUAUAUGAAUUAUUGGAAAUGGAUAAAUAACGAUACCAUUGCUAUUGUUUGUGAAAAAAAUAUAUAUCACUGGAAUAUAGAUAUUUAUAAUUCAAAAAAAAAUAAAGAAAACAAUAAUUUAGUAAAAAUAUUUGAAAAAGCACAAGUUUUUAUUGAUAACAAUUCACAAAUAUUGCAUUAUGCAACAGAUAAAGAAAUAAAGUGGUGUAUUUUAUGUGGAAUAUCAACUCAAGAUCAGGGAAAAAGUAUAGAUGGUUAUAUGCAACUUUAUUCAUGUGAAAAAAAAAUGCAUCAAACCAUCGAAGGAUUCAUAGGAUGUUUUGGCUCAUUAAUUUUUGAUAACUGGGACUUAAAACCAAUGUUUUGUUUUAUUGAAAAAAAAAAAAAUUCAAAUACAUCAAGGCUGCAUCUAGUAGAUAUAUAUAAUAACAAGACUGAAGGAACUACUCCAUAUAAAAUUGUUAAAGAAAUUAAUUUAACGAAUGAAAAUUUAAAUGAUUUUCCUAUCUAUAUCAGUAUAAACACUUUACAAGGGGUGAUUUAUGUGGUUACUAAAUGCAGUUAUGUAUAUAUAUUUGAUGAAGGUACACUAAGUUUGAUUAUGAAAGAAAAGAUUAGUGAAGAUAAUAUUUUUAUUUGCUGCGAAAGUAAAAAUGGAGAAGGUAUUUAUGCUGUAAAUAAAAAAGGAAAAAUUUAUUAUAUCACAGUAAAUUAUUUACAUUUAAUAAAUUAUUUGAAAUUAUCCAACAUGGAAUUUAAAGACAAGAUUAUAAAAAACUUUUGUUUUAAAUAUGGAUAUCCUGGUUGUGACUAUAUAUCCGUUUACAAAAAAUGUAUCAAUGAAAUGGAUUUCAAAAAAGCAUCAAAAAUUAUAUGCCUAAUGAAAAAUACUAAAAUUUAUGAAGAAUACUCUAAUUCUAUAUCAGAAGCUAUUUUAAUUAUGAAUAAAAAAAAGGCGGACAUUAGAAUUACUCCUCCUUUAAGAACACAGCAAGUGUUAAAUAGUUUUAAAUCAUUUAAAAAUACAUCAGGUCAAUUAUCUCCUCUUCUUCUUUAUUUUUCUGUUUUAUUAGAAUAUGAUAAAUUAAAUUCCUAUGAGUCUAUUGAACUAGUGAAGCCUGUUGUUUUGCAAAAAAAAAAGGAAUAUUUGGAAAAAUGGAUAAAAGAUGACAAAUUAACGUACUCAGAAGAAUUAGGAGAUUUAGUUAAAGUGUUAGAUUUGCGUUUAGCAUUAAAUAUUUAUUUAAGAUGUGAUUCUCAUAAUAAAAUAAUUUCUACUUAUUGUCUUUUAAAUAUGUUUAAUAAUGUAUCGAGUUACAUAAAUAAUUUUAAACAAUUUAAUUUUGAUUAUGUAAAUAUAUUUAUCGAUAUAAUUAACUAUGAAUUUCCAUUUAGUACUGAUAAGGAGACAAGUUCUACUGGGGAUUUAAGCAAUUCUUCAAAAAAUGAAACGAUGGAUUUUUUUAAUGAUAGUAGCAAUACUAAUGACAGUAAACAAAACAAAAGUAGUAAUAGUGAAAUAGCCGUUCAAUAUAUAAAGUGUUUAUGUGAAAAUAACAUUCAAUUUGAUAUCAAUAGAAUAGUUGAUUAUUUAUUGAGUAAAAAAAAAUUACAGGAAGCUACAUCUAUAUUAAUAGAUUAUUUAAAAGAUAAUAAACCAGAACAUAAAAAUUUACAAACAAAAUUAUUUGAAUUUAACUUGUAUAACAAUGUUCAAGUAGCAGAAACUUUAUUUCAAAUGGAUAUUUUUACGUAUUAUGAUAAAAACAAAAUAGCUUAUAUAUGUGAAGAAAAAGGAUUGUAUCAAAGAGCAUUAGAGAAUUACACCAAUUUAAGUGAUAUAAAAAGAGUUAUUAACAAAUCUACUUGCUUUCAAAAAAAUGGAAGUAUUAAUAAUGCCUUUGAUAAUAAUAAUAUGCCUAUAAAUAAAGGAAUAUCUACUGAAUGGAUAAAAAAUUAUUUUUCUACACUAAGUGAUACGGUUUGUCAAGAUAUAUUAUUUGACUUGAUGAAAGGAAGUAAAAUAAACAUGGAAGUUAUCAUUUCUAUUUGCGUGCAGUAUUAUAAUAAAAUAGGAAUAAGAAAAAUUAUUAGUAAAUUUGAAGAAAAUAAAAAUUAUGAAGGGAUUUUUUAUUUUGUUAGUUCUAUUUUAAAUGAAUUACCAAAUUUAACAAAUAAAAGCAAUGAAGAUUUAUCAAAUAAUAAUACAUUAUCUUAUAAUAAUAUAAAUAAUGAUAAUUCUUCCGUCUUACUUAAUUCUGAAAUCACAACUCCAUAUAAGCAGACAUCUUAUAAUUUAAAAAUAGAAGAUAUUCAUUAUAUUAUGUUUAAAUAUAUUGAGGCAUGUGUAAAAAUAAACAACAUCCAAGAGUUGGAUAGAAUUUGCAAAGAUAAAAAUGCAAAAUACAAUCCUGAACAAAUAAAAAAUUUUCUAAAAGAUUGUAAGUUAUCAGAUCCACGCCCAUUAAUAUAUGUAUGUGAUAUUCAUAAUUAUAUUGAAGAAUUAGCAGAAUAUUUAUAUAAAAAUAGUUUAUUAAAAUAUAUUGAAGUAUAUGUAAUAAAAGUUAAUCCUGAUAAUGCGUAUAAAGUUAUAGGGGUUUUGCUAGACUUGGAUGCUUCUGAAGAUUUUCUUUUAAAUAUAUUAAAUAAUAUAAAAAAUAUAUCCAAUAUAGGAAAUUUAAUAGAAAUAGCAGAAAAAAGAAAUCGACUUAAGUUAUUGCUUCCUUGGCUUGAAAGUAGAGCAAAUGAAGGUUAUGAAAAUAUCGAAUUACACAAUGCUUUAGCUAAAAUAUAUAUAGAUUUAAAUAAAGAUCCAGAGAACUUUUUAAAAACAAAUAAUUUUUAUGAUAAGAAAAUGAUAGGCAGGUAUUGCGAGGAUCUAGAUCCUCACUUAGCAUAUACUGCUUAUGAAAGAUCCAAUGGAGAGUGCGAUGAAGAACUUAUUAAUAUAACAAGUAAAAACGGACUUUUUAAAUUACAAGCAAGAUAUUUAGUUUCAAGACAAUCUGUUGAUCUUUGGAAAAUCGUCUUGGAUGAAUCAAAUAAAUAUAGAAAAAAUGUAAUUGAUCAAGUUAUAGGAUCUACCCUUAUUGAAUCAAAUAAUGCAGACGAAAUUACUGUAACCGUAAAAGCAUUUAUUGAAAAAAAAUUAAGUAGUGAGUUAAUUGAAUUAUUAGAAAAAAUAGUUUUACAUAAUAGUGAAUUCAGUGAUAAUAAAAAUUUACAAAAUCUUUUAAUUUUAACUGCUAUUAAAUCAGAUUCAAAAAAGGUUAUGGAAUAUAUUAAUCGUCUUGAUAAUUUUUCAGGUCCUCAAAUUGCUUCUAUUGCUUAUGAUUACAAACUAAGAGAAGAAGCAUUUGUUAUUUAUAAAAAAUUUAAUUGCUAUACCUCUGCUAUUUCAGUUUUACUAGAUAGUAUUUUAUAUGAUAAUAGAAAAAAUAAAAACAGAAAUGAAUUAUCCAGUGAUACUUCUUUAGAUAAUAAUAAAGAAAACAUGUUUUUAAGUAAAAAUGACAAUGAUAAUGACGAAUAUUUAAAUCAUUUUUCUGAAUAUGAUCACCAUGAUAAAAAUGAUAACGAUGGAUUGAGAAAUAAAAAUAACUUAAAUUUUGAUAGAAAUAAUGAUGAUAAUGAAGAAAAUGAAUCCACAUUAGAUGCAACAAGUUUUGAAGACGAUUUAAAUAGAGCAAUUGAAUUUGCACAAAAAUGUAAUAAUAAUGAUGUAUGGUUCAUAUUAGGUAAGGCACAAUUAAAAUUAAACAAAAUUAUUGAUGCUAUUGAUAGCUUUGUGAAAUCAAAUAAUCCAGAAUCUUAUAAAGAAGUUAUAGAAAAAUGUAUACAGAAUAAUUAUUAUGAACAUUUAAUAACAUAUUUAAACACCUUAAGAGAACAAAAUUCAUUGAAAGAUGUUUUGGUAGAUUCGGAAUUAUUAUAUGCUUAUGCUAAAUUAAAAAAAACAACAGAAAUGACAAAAUUUAUUAACAGUACCAACUCAGCCAACUUGCAACUAAUAGGUGAUAGAUUGUAUAAAGAACAAGAAUAUGAAGUAGCUAAAAUUCUAUAUAGCAACAUUCCUAACAAUCAGAAAUUGACUAUUUGUUAUUUAAGAUUAAAAGAAUAUUCCUUAGCCAUAGAAGCAGCUAAAAAAGCAAAAAGUCUUAAAACGUGGAAAGAAGUAAAUUUCAUAUGUGUAAAAGAAAAACAACUAAAAUAUGCACACACUGCUGGUUUACAAUUAAUUAUGCAUGCAGAUCAUUUAGAUGAAAUUAUCAAAAUAUAUGAAAAAAAAAAAUACAUAAAUGAAUUAAUGAGCUUAUUAGAAAAUGGAUUAAAUAAUGAAAGAGCGCAUGUUGGAAUAUACACAGAAUUAGGUAUUUUAUAUGCAAAGUAUAAACCUGAAAAAUUAAUGGAAUUCAUAAGAAAUUAUGCUAAUAAAAUUAAUACUAGAAAAUUAAUUGAUAUAUGUCAAAAUGAAUAUUUAUUAAAAGAAGCUGUUUAUUUAUAUAUUUCUUAUGAUGAAUACAAUUUAGCUGUUGAUACAAUUAUUAAGCAUUCUCCUACUGCUUAUACAUCGGAUACAUUUAUGCAAGUUAUUCACAAAGUAACAAAUAGCGAUAUUAUACAUAAAGUCAUUGAUUUUUAUAUUGAGGAACAUCCGUUAAGCUUAUAUAACUUAUUAAAAAUUUUAGAAAAUAAAAUUGACAAUAACAGAUUGGUUCAAACUUUGAAAAAAUCUAAUAAUUUGCCAUUAAUACAAAAAUAUCUAGAAGACAUACAAGUACAAAAUAUUACAGCUGUUAACGAAACCUUAAAUGAAAUUUAUUUGCAAAAUGAUGAUUACAUCAGUUUAAGAAAUUCUAUUGAUGAAUACGACAAUUUUAACCAAACCAACCUAAUUAAUAAAUUAGAAAAUCAUAAACUUCCAGAAAUGAGGAGAAUUGCUGCUUUAUUAUAUAAAAAAAACAAAAAGUAUAAAGAAGCAAUUAAUUUAUCAAAAAAAGAAGAACAAUAUAAGGAUGCAAUAGAAAUAGCUAGAGUAUCAAAAAAUAAUUUAUAUAUAGAGGAUUUAAUAAAUUACUUCAUUGAAAUCAAGAAUAAAGAAGCAUUUUGUGCCUGUUUGAUUGUAUGUUAUGAUUUAUUAAAACCAGAUUACAUAUUAGAGAUUGUUUGGUCUAGUGGAUUUACUGAUCAAGCUAUGUUGUAUUUCAUUCAAAUUGUUAGUGAUUACACAAAUCAAAUAGAUAUUAUGAAAAAGCAGAUAGAAGAUAUACAAAAAGAAAAAAAGAUGAAUAAAUCAGCUCCUAAUGACUAUUCUGCUGCAUCAAUAUCAAAUCAAUUUAGUUAUUCAUUAAAUAAUAAUUUAUCUAUCAUGCCACCUCAAAAUAAUUAUUUAUCAAAUAACUCACAAUUUGAUAAAUAUGACAUGUUUAAUAAUAAUACACAUUUUUAA